UCAAAAAUUUUAAACUAGUAUGGUUGGUCAAUACUGCUACUAUUAAUCAUUUGACAGUUAUCAAAUUACUCCUCGCAGUCUGGUGGAAUUCCAAACAUGUCCUCAAACACCGACGGAUCGCCGCCGUCGACCUCAUCGGCGGCGGCAGCCACGACAAGAGACUGGAUUUUCCCUUCAUACUCAUUCGUCCACUCCACACAUAACAUCCGGAGAACCCCCAGAAGAAGGAGAUUCUCUUCCUACCAUCCACCGCAGUCGCAGCAAUUCAACUCCACCGCGCCGGCCUCUUCAUCCGAAGACGCCUCUAAUUCCUUCACCACUAUCUCUCCGAGUUAUAGACCACAGAGUUCGGAGUUUGUCAACUACCAGAAGUCAACGAGGUUGGUGGCUGGUCGUCCAGACGAACCCGCGGCAGCGCCUGUCAAGUCGAACGACGCCGUUUCUUCGGAGAAGAUAUUUUCGAAAUUGUUUAGAGGCUGUUUGAGAAUUCGACCGCGGUUUGCCUUUUCUGUUUCAAUAGUGACAACGGUGUUAUCUUCAUUGUUAAGCAAAAACUUUACCUUGCACAAAGAGGUUACUCAGUUGCAGGAUCAAAUUUCCAAGCUUAAUGUUGGACUCAAACUAUGCAAUCUGUUGGACUCCCCAGACAUGUACAACUCGACCCUGCAGGAUGUUUCUCUUGAUCCAAGCAAGAGCCUGAAAAUUGCAGCAUUACUUGUUUCAAUCAUGUUACUAGUCCUCCCGCUCUUCUUCUUGAAGUAUGUUGAUUAUAUUUCAAGUUCAAGAAGACAGGUUGAUAAUAACUCAGAGGAAGUUUCUUUGAACAAGCAGCUAGCAUACAGGGUUGAUGUCUUUUUAUCAGUUACCCCUUAUGCUAAGCCUCUAGCAUUGUUAGUUGCUACUUUGCUGUUAAUAUGUCUUGGUGGAUUAGCACUGUUUGGUGUGACAGAUGACAGUUUAGCUGACUCGCUUUGGUUAUCAUGGACAUACAUAGCAGACUCGGGAAAUCAUGCUAAUUCUGAAGGCUUUGGUUCUAGACUAGUGUCUGUAUCCAUUAGUUUUGGUGGGAUGCUUAUAUUUGCUAUGAUGCUUGGACUAGUUUCUGAUGCGAUUUCUGAGAAGUUCGACUCUCUGAGAAAGGGUAGAAGCGAAGUUGUUGAGCGGGAUCAUACUCUUAUACUUGGGUGGAGUGAUAAGUUGGGAUCACUUUUAAAUCAACUUGCCAUAGCUAAUGAGAGUUUGGGUGGAGGAAACGUGGUUGUGAUGGCAGAGCAUGACAAAGAAGAAAUGGAGCUUGACAUUGGUAAAAUGGAGUUUGACUUUAGAGGAACAUCUGUCAUAUGCAGAAGUGGAAGCCCUUUAAUAUUAGCUGACCUAAAAAAAGUUUCUGUUUCUAAGGCUCGAGCAAUAGUUGUCCUUGCUGAAGAUGGAAAUGCUGACCAGAGCGAUGCUCGUGCGUUAAGGACAGUUUUAAGCCUUACAGGAGUUAAGGAAGGAUUGCAGGCUCACAUAGUGGUUGAAUUAAGUGAUCUUGAUAAUGAAGUUCUUGUUAAACUCGUUGGAGGGGACCUUGUUGAAACUGUUGUGGCACAUGAUGUGAUCGGAAGGCUGAUGAUUCAAUGUGCUCGGCAGCCAGGCCUCGCGCAGAUAUGGGAAGACAUUCUCGGGUUUGAAAAUUGUGAGUUCUAUAUUAAAAGAUGGCCACAGCUGGAUGGAAUGCAAUUUGAGGAUGUUUUGAUAAGCUUUAAGGAGGCCGUUCCUUGUGGGGUGAAGGUAGCAUCUAGUGGUGGAAAAAUUAUUCUGAAUCCUGACGAUUCUUAUGUUCUGCAAGAAGGGGAUGAGAUUCUUGUUAUUGCAGAGGAUGAUGACACAUAUUCUCCAUCAGAUCUGCCAACGGUCAAAGAUGCCAAAUUCCUACUUGUUACCCCACUGGCAAGGAAGCCUCAGAAGAUUCUACUUUGUGGAUGGAGGAGAGACAUUGAUGAUAUGAUUGUGGUUCUGGGAGGAAAUUUACCCGAGCAUGAACUAAUUCAAAAGUCUUUUGAGCGGAUUCUUCUUUGCGGUUGGCGGAGAGAUAUGGAAGAUAUGAUAACGGUACUGGAUGCUUCUCUAGCACAUGGGUCUGAGUUAUGGAUGUUCAAUGAGGUUCCUGAGAAUGAAAGGGAGAGAAAGCUUACAGAUGGUGGCCUUGAGAUUGACCGUUUGAUUAACAUCAUACUUGUCCAUCGUGAAGGAAAUGCUGUCAUAAGGCGCCACCUAGAAAGUCUCCCAUUGGAAUCGUUCGAUUCAAUAUUGAUUUUGGCUGAUGAAUCAGUAGAAGAUUCUGCAAUUCAGGCAGAUUCCAGAUCUCUUGCCACACUACUGCUAAUACGUGACAUUCAGGCAAAGCGCCUUCCAUACAGAGAAGCUAUGGCAUACCAGACCCAGAGAGGUAGCUUCUCGCAAGGCUCGUGGAUUGGGGAAAUGCAGCAGGCUUCAGAUAAGUCAGUUAUUAUCAGUGAGAUACUUGAUCCGAGGACCAAGAACCUACUAUCAAUGUCAAAAAUCAGUGAUUAUGUUCUGUCAAACGAGCUUGUCAGCAUGGCACUGGCCAUGGUUGCAGAAGAUCGCCAGAUAAAUGAUGUAUUGGAAGAACUUUUUGCUGAAGAGGGCAAUGAGUUGCACAUAAGAGCAGCACACUUAUACAUUGAGGAAGGUGAAGAAUUGAGUUUCUAUGAGAUUUUAUUACGUGCUCGUCAAAGAAGAGAGAUUCUGAUAGGAUAUCGCCUGGCUGACACAGAGAAAGCUGUGAUCAAUCCUCCGGCCAAAAACGAGAGAAAAGAAUGGUCAAUGAAGGAUGUCUUUGUAGUGAUAGCAGAAAAGGAAUGAGUUAUGCUGCUCGAUGCUUGUUGGUAUGUGCUCUCCUGUGUGCAAGUAACGUGCGUCAAGAUUUGCUGCAUCGCUUGAGCUCUGGUUGUUGCAUCCGAGAUAUUGAAGUCCAUUGGUUUGUAGAGUUGAGUUUGGCUUGAGCAAAAGUGGGCGAUCACCUUUUAAAGUGUCUUUGGAGGGAAAAUUCAUUUUUCCGUAUGUCAUUACUACGUAUAUAUAAACAACGCAUGCACAUUAUUCGUUUCAUGAUAUAAGAUCUUAGGGGUGGGAAAAAUUAGAAAUACCAUACUUAACCUAAAUAAUACCGAUUUUUUUGUAUAAUGUGCUUUCGGUACGAUGAGAUACCUUAUCGAAAGAUUCUGGUACGUAACGGUAUAAAAUUCAUAUACCGCGGCGUAUGGAUAUUGGAUAUAGUGAAAUUUUGUUCCGUUAUACAACGGAAAUUAUAGUA